GUGUGUGACGUCACAGCCUGCCGUUGGUCGAGCUCAGUUCGGAUCAGUUCGGAUCGUUUCCUCCGGAGAGAAACGGAUCUUAACCCGCCUCGUCCCGGUUCUGACCCGGGAAACUUUUAACCCGAGACAAGUGUCAGGAAGCUCCGGCGGAGGGAGGGAGCGGAGCCGCUGUUCUGUCUACGUAACGUCCCGGCUGCUCCAGCGGCUGGUCACCGUCGGUCCGGAGCUGCUCCACCGGGGAUCGAACCCCGAGGACGAGGGUCGGUCGGUCCGAUGGAGAGGAAGAGGACGGACUGUCCCGCUCUGCCGCCCGGCUGGAAGAAGGAGGAAGUGACCAGGAAGUCCGGGCUGAGCGCCGGGAAGAGCGACGUCUACUACUACAGUCCCACAGGGAAGAAGUUCCGGAGUAGGCCACAGUUGUCCCGUUACCUUGGCAACACGGUGGAUCUGGGAUGCUUCGACUUCCGGACGGGGGAGAUGAUGGGGGGGAAACUUCAGAAGAGCAAACAGAGGCUUCGACACGACUCGCUCAGCCGGACCAAGGGAGGAAAGACAGACCUGAACACGUCUCUGCCAAUCAGACAGACAGCCUCCAUCUUCAAACAGCCCGUUACCAAGGUUACCAACCAUCCAGGAAACAAGGUGAAGACGGACACGCAGAGAUCGUCUGAGCAGCCGAGACAGCUGUUUUGGGAGAAGAGGUUGAAAGGUCUCCGCUCCUCAGACGUCACAGAGGAGCUUCUCAGGAGCAUGGACCUGCCCAAAGGGUUGCGGAGUGUCGGUCCGGACUCUGGCGACGACACCCUUCUGUCGGCCCUCGCCAGCGCCCUGCACAUGAGCUCUUCUCCGACCACGGGACAGAUGUGUGUGGCUGCAGGGAGGAACCCGAACAUCUGGCUGAACACGUUCACCGUCACCGAGCAACACAUCAGGGAGCAGGAGCUGAAGGUGCGCCAGGCCCGGAGGAGCCUGGAGGAGGCGCUCAUGGCCGACGGUUUGGCUCGAGCCACUGAAAACACCCGGGAGGUGUUCGGGGGGAAAACGGCUUGAAGACGGACGAGCUCCUCUGUUCACCAGCCUCAGGUUUAUCAUCAUCUUUGUCUUAACCCAGAUGACAAACCCAAACUUAAACCCGACCUUCACCGACUUAAACCUGGCCAGCAGAGAUCUGCUGCGUUGGAGGCGACUGUUUCAGCUUCGUUUGAAGGAAACCUCGUGAUGAUGUCACACUGGACCCGUCUGUCGGCUUCAGGAGACUAAAGGGAUUUUUCUAGAGCGACAACAGGAAGCAUCAGCAACAGUCACAGGAACAAGCAGCAAUAAGAGAAGAUCUUCUUCAGCUCAAAGCUUUGAAUCCCCUGUGGCUUCUUAUCUCAACUCCUAUCAAGGUCGACGCUGUCUUUUCUGUUCAUGAAAUGCAGAUUGAAAAAAUUAAUAAUAAAAAAUGAAAUACACAGACGCGACACUCAUCGAACCCAAAGAAAGUCAGGAUGCAAACUGCUGGACAGCUUUUGCUUACUCUUUAAAUGUCCUAGUGUUUGUGGUGUCAUAUUAUCGUCUUCAGGGGUUUUCAUUAAAUGAUUAUGAAUGACUAUGAACAACAGAUUAUUUAAAACAGAUUUUAUACCUGAACUUUCAGUACGUGUACAUUUCUCUGACUGGAGCAAAUAAACAUUUAUAUUCACA